UGAAUAACCAACCUGAUUAAUUUAUAUAGCUAUGUUAUUCACCUGGAAACUGGAGAUGACCAUACUGAACAUAAUCUUAUAAUAAUAAUGAUAAUAAAAUGUACAAAGUGAGCUGCACAGACAGGGUAGAGGCGAAGCACGUGCAUGGUGUUGGGUAUCAGGAGUCUGUUUAAGAUUUGCUCAUGGACGCUUGUGUAAUAUAGAUUACUUAAGAGUCACCUCCUCUUUAGCUUCCUGGACAAUAUUUUUUGCCUCUCUCUCUCUCUCUCUCUGUCUCUCUCUCGCACACACACACACACGAGAGGAACUAUGCUUGUGCGAUAGGCAGAUGAUCUCCUCGUUGAGAUCAGUGAGAUCAGUGAGCGGUUAAGAAGAGUUCCUGUUGUAUCGCACGCUUCUUCUGGAUUGGCGGAUCGAUCCGGUUUGUGCGCCCUCGCGCCACACCGUGACAUUGGCGACGCCGCGCGCUCAACAGACUGGCGGGCUGCUGCUCGGGAACUAUGGAGGAGAAAGCGAAGGGUGACAGCGCCAAGGACCAAGACGCAACCUCUGCACCGUAUCAGCGGAGGAUUUGGAAGAAUUUCCAGGACAAGACCAGACCGUUUUUGAGCCCGAAACUCGGCUCGGAAAGACGCAGCGCGGACGUGAAGAAAGAGAGCGGCUUGUGGAUGUUCAAGCGGAAAAAGAAACCGGUUCUGGACCGCAUCUUCUCAUCCUCUCAGCCGAACCUCAGCAGCUCGAGUCCGGGGUCUGUCCAAGGCGACAGCGCGGGACCGAGCUGCAGUGAAGGACCGGGGAAGUCCUCGCUCGCUGCUGUGGAAAGAGCUACUGCAGUGACACACAUGCACACACAUGAGGUUUCGGUGUCGGCCCACGGCAGCCCGCGGCUCAGUGUGGCUCAUUUAACCGCGUCUCAGCCCAAAAGCUCGUCCUUGGGCUCGGCGUGCUUCGAGAAGCUCGUGCUGAACUCAGCGGACGUUUCCGGUCAGGACAAGCUGAGCAAAAACCCCAGCGAUUCGGGCAUCAACACCGUAGUGCCGAGUAAUGCAGAUCCGCCUGCCCUCGUCAGCCCCGGGAUGUACCAACUGGACAUCGUGCUGAAGAAAGGCAUCAAUCUUGCCAUUAGGGACAGAGGAGGCACCAGUGACCCUUAUGUGAAGUUUAAGAUCGCAGGGAAAGAGGUUUUCCGCAGCAAGACCAUUCAUAAGAACCUGAACCCGGUAUGGGAUGAGAAAGUGACCCUGCUGGUGGAUAAUAUAAGAGAACCACUCUAUGUUAAGGUGUUCGACUAUGACUUUGGCCUGCAAGAUGACUUCAUGGGCUCUGCACAUCUUUACCUGGGGUCCCUGGAACAACAUAGGUCCCUGGACGUGACCCUUGACCUAAAGGACCCCCACUAUCCUGAUCAUAACUUGGGCUCUCUGGAACUGGCGGUCACGCUCGCUCCUAAAGAAGGGGACAUUAGGGAAACCACCAUGCUUUUGAGAAGGAGCUGGAAAAGAUCCAGUAAGUACCAGAGUCUGAGGUUAUCAGACGUCCACAAGAAAUCCCAGCUGUGGAGAGGAAUUGUCAGCAUCAGUUUAAUCGAGGGUCGUAACCUCCAGCCAAUGGACGCUAAUGGCUUGAGUGACCCGUACGCCAAAUUCAGAAUGGGCCACCAGAAGUACAAAAGCAAGACAAUACACAAAACGCUGAACCCUCAGUGGAGAGAACAGUUUGAUUUCCAUUUGUACGACGAGGGAGGCGGCUUUAUAGACAUCACUGUGUGGGACAGAGACGCCGGCAAGAGAGACGACUUCAUGGGCAGGUGUCAGGUGGACCUCUCUCUCUUGUCUAAGGAGUGCACGCACAAGCUGGACCUGCCGCUGGAGGAGGGCGAGGGCAUGCUGGUGCUACUGGUCACCCUCACCGCUUCAGCCGCCGUCUCCAUCUCGGACCUUUCUGUCAACAUGCUUGACGACCCACAAGAGAGGAGAGGGAUUCUGCACAGAUAUAGUCUGCUGAGAUCCUUUCACAACAUUAAAGAUGUCGGUGUAGUGCAGGUGAAAGUCAUCCGGGCAGAGGGACUAAUGGCAGCUGAUGUUACAGGCAAGAGUGACCCCUUCUGUGUCGUGGAGCUCAGCAAUGACCGUUUACAGACACACACCGUGUACAAGAACCUCAACCCAGAGUGGAAUAAAGUCUUCACAUUCAACGUGAAAGACAUCCACUCCGUGCUGGAGGUUACGGUCUACGACGAAGAUCGGGACCGAAGCGCUGACUUCCUCGGCAAAGUUGCUAUUCCGCUGCUAAGUAUCCAAAAUGGUGAACGGAAAGCUUACGCCUUGAAAAGCAAGGAGCUGACAGGGCCAACAAAAGGGGUCAUCUUUCUCGAAAUAGACGUGAUUUAUAAUGCUGUUAAAGCGGGACUUAGGACGCUGAUACCCAUCGAGCAGAAAUAUAUCGAAGAAGAGCCUCGAGUUUCCAAACAGUUGCUACUGCAGAACUUUAACCGAGUGCGGCGCUGCUUCAUGUUCCUCAUUAACACUGGCUGCUACAUCAACAGCUGCUUCGAGUGGGAGUCUCCUCAGAGGAGCAUCUGUGCCUUCCUCCUCUUCAUCGUGGUGGUGUGGAACUUUGAGCUCUGCAUGAUCCCGCUGGCUCUGCUGUUCCUGCUGGCCUGGAAUUACGUCCUCAUCGCUUCGGGAAAGGACAGCAGACAGGGAGACGUGCAAGCAGUGGAGGAUUUGCUGGAGGGUGAGGAUGAGGACUUUGACAGAGAUGACAAGGUGCCGGGCUCUGCCCCCUCCAAUGAUGGCCGUCUGCCCGGAAGCCAUAUCCUUGAGGAUAUUUUGGCUUCCUGGCAUUUUGAAUGGAUUCGCGUGAUGGUGGACUCGGAGAGAAAAGGACUCAUCGACAAGCUGUACGCCAUUCAGGAUGUUUGCAUCAGUGUGCAAAGUGCGCUGGAUGACGUGGCCUCCUAUGGCGAGAGAUUAAAGAAUACUUUCAAUUGGACUGUGCCUUUUCUCAGCUGGCUGGCCAUCGUGGCACUGUGUGUGGCCACCCUUAUCGUUUACUUCAUUCCUCUCAGAUACAUCGUCCUGGCCUGGGGGGUGAAUAAAUUCACGAAGAAGCUGCGAGACCCAUACAACAUUGACAACAACGAGCUGCUGGACUUCCUCUCCAGAGUACCCUCCGAUGUGCAAGUGGUGCAGUACCGAGAGCUGAAAGUGGAUCCAAGUCACAGCCCAAACAAGAGAAAGAAAAAUAACCCAGGAUAGCUCUCUUCCUUAUCCCAUGGACUCAGACUUAGCAUGCCAAGGACCUGCACUGAUUUGGACCGGCUAGGUCUUCUUCCUCCCCUUUCUUUCUUUCCUCUCUUUCUCUUUCUCGCUCUCUCUCUAAGACUCUGUUUCUUGACAGAGGAGCACAAAUGGUGAAUGUGAAAACAGAGGAGCACUUUUAAUUAUUGCCAUGAGGGUUUCCGCCAUACUUGUUUACUUUUAGUGCAGAGGAGAGCGUGAAAAACUCUUGACCCCUUUUAGAGUCGUACGGCAGGAGCUAUUUGUCACUGGCUGGCAUCAGGCAGAUGGCUCUAAAAGCCAAGGUGUCCUUCCAGCACAGCAGAGGGAGACCAGAGACAGGGAAUGGCUUCAGCCACAAAUAGCAGGAUCAGCUGAUAAUACCGCCAGCCGCAGUGGCACAUCACGUCUCUAUCUUGGAGGGGAAAUAUGAUGGUUAGGUUGCAGUUUGCACCCUGUAAUUUCCACAAUGUGGUAAGGUUGUGCGCUGAAACCCGACGUCCUCCAGAGCAGUUAUUAGGGUUGUCAGCUAAGCCUCUUUACAGUUCGAUUUAUAGCAGUAACUAAAAUGUUUUUUUUUUUUUGUGUGUGUGUGUUUGGACAACUGCCUGGCUCAAGAGUCAUUAUUUAUUCAACUGGGAUAUUUGUUUUAGGUAAUCAGGUUAUUUUAAGGGGAUGAAUGAUGCAUGCUUGGUUUAUUUGUGGUUUAAAAAAAAA